CCCAUAAAUCACAGACAUCCAACCCGAAGCAGCAGCACUCGGCAACAAAGACAUCAUUGCUAACCUCCUCGACCAUUAAAGACAUCAAGUUCAUUAUGUCCGCAAACGCCGCCGAUACCGUUGUUGCUGCCGUCGAGAACACGGCCGAGAAAGCCAAGGAGGUCGCCUCUGCCACCGUGGAGACCAUCACCGAAGCUGUCAAGAACACUUCCAUCGCUCCCAAGACCACCGAGCCUAAGCCCGAUACUUCCGAGGCCGAUGCCGCCCACGCUGCGUCUGCUGCCGAGGGCAGGAGACUCUACAUUGGAAAUCUGGCCUACUCGACUACCGACGAGCAGUUGAAGGAGUUUUUCGAGGGAUUCUCUAUUGAGUCGACCUCGAUCCCCACCAACCCCCGUACCGGUCGUGCCGUCGGUUACGCCUUUGUCGACCUCACCACCAAGGAGGAGGCCGACCGUGCCAUUGAGCAGCUCAGCGGUAACGAGGUUCAGGAGAGGAAGGUUAGCGUUCAGCUUGCCCGCAAGCCCGGAGCUGCCAGCACCGGGACGAAGAAGCAGCACAAGCAGCAGGAACAGCAGGAGCCUCGCGAGGAGGGUGCUGUUGCCAACGAGGAGGGUGGCGAGGGCAAGAGGGGCCGUGGUGGCGUUAGGGGACGCGGCCGGGGACGGGGUGGACGUGCUAAGCGUGGUACCCGUGGAGAGGCUGGAUCCGGCGACGAGACCGCCGCCGACGGUUCCAACAAAAUCCAGCCGUUGGUCGAAUCCACCAACGUCAAGACCGUCGAUGCCUCGGGCGAGGAGGCUCACCAGGAUGGCAAUGCCGCGUCGGCUUUCAAGGGCAAGAAGAAGCGUGGCCCCCCCGAGAAUGGCAUUCCCAGCUCGACCAAGAUCAUGGUCGCCAACCUUCCCUACGAGCUGAGCGAGGAUCAGCUCAAGGAACUCUUCAAGGACUACCAGCCCGAGUCCGCCAAGAUUGCCCUUCGUCCUAUCCCCCGCUACAUGGUUCGCAAGCUGCAGCAGCGCGGCGAGCCUCGCAAGGGUCGCGGCUUCGGGUUUGUUACCCUUGCUUCUGAGGACAUGCAGAAGAAGGCCGUUGAGGAGAUGAACGGCAAGGUCAUCGAGGGUCGUGAGAUCGCCGUCAAGGUGGCGAUUGAUUCCCAGGUUAGCGAUUCCGAGGACAAGGAGAACACCACCGAGGAAAAGACUGAGGACAAGAAAGAGGAGAAUGAAGUUAAGCCUGCUGCCGUUGCCGUCGCUGCGGCUGUUCCUGAGCCCGUCGUGGUUUAAGGACGUCGACACCGGUUGUUCGACGAGACUUUGAACGACUUGGAUUGACUACAGUCAUCCAAACGAUACGAUUGUAACGAUGAAAAUAGAUGGGACUUGGUAAUUGU